UAUUAUAGCUAUGCUAGUGGGUGUGAAGUUGUAUCUCACUGUGGUUUUGGUUUGCAUACUCCUAAUGAUUAAGGAUGCUGAACUUAUUUUCAAAUGCUUGUUGAUCGUUUGUGUAUAGAUCUUCUUUUGGAGAAAUGUCUAUUUAAGUUCUUUGACCCAUUUCUGUGUCCAUACUCUCGUGAGGUUUCCCUUAUUCUGUUGCUUGGCUGGUCCCUAUCCUGCAUAGUAAUGGGCCCUUCUUCACCCUGAUGAUGGUCCUGUUGGCCUGUCAACAAUUCCUGGGACCUGUUCUUGGGUAUGAAUUCCUGGGUAACACAUUUCUAAUGAAGGCAUCUAUUACCACCAAGUGGAAUACCUAGUUGCCUGGCGUUUCUCUACUUUCAGGUUGCUGGCAUGGAGUAGAGGGUCAGGAGGCCCAUCUGAAGAAGAAUGCUUCUGUAGAAGAGGUGUUACAGGUCAGGAGUGCAAAUACAGAUCCCUCCACCCAGAGGGCUUACCCCUGUGACAUGUGUGGGCCAUUCUCGAAAGACAUUUUGCACCUGCCUGAGCAUCAGAAAACAUACUCUGAGGAGAAACUCUACUCAUGUGGAGCAUGUGGGAGAGAGUUUUGGUUGAGUGCAUACCUUCACCAGCACCAGGAAUAUAGUAGAGGGAAGCCCUUCAGAUGGUAUAAGGACAGGGAUGUACUUAUGAAGAGCUCUGAAGUCCACCUGUCAGAGAACCCCUUGACUUGUAGGGAAGGUGGGAAGGCCAUCCUGGACAGCCGUGACCUCCUCCAGCUUCAAGCUGUUGACAGUGGAAGGAAGCCAUAUUCCAAUCUUGGGCAGAUUCCAGAACUCUGUACCACACAGAAACUCUUCAAGUGCAGCAACUGUGGAAAAGCCUUCCUGAAAAGCUCCACUCUCCUCAACCAUUUCAGAACUCACUCUGAAGAGAUAACAUUUAGAUGCCCAACAGGUGGAAAUUUCUUAGAGGAGAAAUCAACCCUUGGUAAUCAAAAACUUCACACUGGGGAAAUAUCCCAUGUGUGCAAGGAAUGUGGAAAGGCCUUUAGUCACCCAUCUAAGCUGAGGAAGCACCAGAAACUUCACACUAAAGUAAAAUAUGAGUGCACUGAAAGUGCAAAAACCUUCAACCACAAACUCACAUUUGUUCAUCAUCAGAGAAUUCACCCAGGAGAAAAACAUUAUGAGUGCAGUGAAUGUGGGAAAGCCUUCAAUAACAGAUCACACCUCAUUCGACAUGAAAAAGUUCACACUGGAGAAAGGCCUUUUGAGUGCCUGAAAUGUGGAAAAGCCUUCAGCCAAAGCUCCAAUUUCCUUCGGCACCAGAAAGUUCACACCCAGGUAAGACCUUAUGAGUGCAAUCAAUGUGGUAAAUCCUUCAGCCGAAGCUCUGCUCUCAUUCAGCACUGGAGAGUUCACACUGGAGAAAGACCAUAUGAAUGCAGUGAAUGUGGAAGAGCUUUUAAUAAUAACUCCAACCUUGCUCAGCACCAGAAAGUUCACACUGGAGAACGGCCUUUUGAGUGCAGUGAAUGUGGAAGAGACUUCAGCCAAAGCUCCCAUCUCCUUCGACAUCAGAAAGUUCACACUGGAGAACGGCCUUUUGAAUGCAGCGAAUGUGGUAAAGCCUUCGGCAAUAGCUCCACCCUCAUCCAGCACCAGAAAGUACAUACUGGGCAAAGGCCUUAUGAAUGCAGUGAAUGUAGGAAAUCCUUCAGCCGCAGCUCCAGCCUGAUUCAGCACUGGAGAAUUCACACUGGAGAAAGGCCUUAUGAAUGUAGUGAGUGUGGGAAAGCCUUCACUCACAGUUCCAGUCUCAUUGAACACUGGAGAGUUCACACAAAAGAAAAGCCUUAUGAGUGCAACGAAUGUGGGAAAUUCUUUAGCCAAAACUCCAUUCUCAUUAAGCAUCAGAAAGUUCAUACUGGAGAAAAGCCUUAUAAGUGCAGUGAAUGUGGGAAAUUCUUUAGCCGAAAAUCUAGCCUUAUUUGUCACUGGAGAGUUCACACUGGAGAAAGGCCUUAUGAAUGCAGUGAAUGUGGAAGAGCCUUCAGCAGUAACUCCCACCUGGUUCGUCAUCAGAGAGUUCACACAAAAGAAAGGCCCUAUGAGUGCAUCCAGUGUGGAAAAGCCUUUAGUGAAAGAUCUACACUUGUUCGGCACCAGAAAGCUCAUACCAGAGAAAGGAUUUAUGAGUGUAGCCAGUGUGAGAAAGUCUUCAGCCAUCUUUGUAACCUUGCUCAGCACAGAAAGAUUCAUACCUGAGUGGAGCCUUAUGGGAGUGGUCUUUAUGAGAAAAUCUUCAGCCAAGUCAAACUUCUGCAGUAGAAUCCCCAUAUUAGAAUUUACCUACAUGUACUCCUAACGUGGCAAAGCGAUUAGAAGCUACUCUGUUCUUUCUCACCAGCCCAGAAAACUUUGCAUGGCCAUCUCACCCUUGGAGCAUAAGGCAGAAGCCAUAGCCACUUUCCAUCGUGCCUGGAUCCAAAAAUUUGCAGCAGUCCUGUCCUCAUGCAUGGGGAAAACAGUUCCCUGAGGCUCCCUUACCCUGUCCUGUAGGGAUUCAGGACAGUCCUCAGCUCACUGGAGUGGUUUAAUUCCUAUUGCCUCUGAGAGGGUUAGGCAGUGAACUGAACCCAUGCUGGUCAAGGGGCCUUGAAGGAAAUCUAAUUUGAGCUCAGGAAGAAAUCAAGUCUGUGUUUAAACCCUAAGAUGUGUCCACUGAGACCACAAAUCACCCUCCACCGGAAUAACCUACCUUGUCUGCACUAUACUGUGUGAUAAUAAAGACCUUAUUGACAAGGUCACCUUUUAGUCUUAGGGAUUCUGUUGGAGUAGGUUGAGAAAAUGAAUGGAUAGAGUGGGGGGCAUGAAAUCUGGCUAAGGGCACAGUAGAAGAGCGGGUAGUUGCUCUGUCCGGUUGUAGCCUACUUCAUAUUGCUAUGUAAAGUACUGGGAAAGACUGAAAGGCUGUGGACCGAACAUAGUGGCCUGUGUUUCAGGGUUACCUUAGGGCACAGAGCUUACCCUGAGGAAAAAUAAAUUAGUCUACAACACUAAAAUAGUCACAGGAUCACCAAGGCAAAACCUAGAG